ACCUUCAGCAGUCUGUUAUUUAUUUAUCAAUUUCAUUUGGCAUUGACUACAUAUUUAUAUAAAGUCAACAUGGUACCUUCAAUCGAGGUACAUGGCCUCAGCUACAAAUUCCAGGAUGGAUCCGAUGGCCUCAAAGAUGUAGAGCUCAGUCUUCCUUCAAACAGCAGAACGUUACUCAUUGGAGCAAACGGGGCUGGCAAAACAACACUCCUGCGCCUUCUGUCCGGCAAAAAACUAGCACCAACCAACACAAUCGCAAUCGGAGGAAAAGACCCCUUCAAAGACGGUCUUGAAGGCGUCACUUAUCUGGGUAUGGAAUGGGUUCUGAACAGCAUUGUCCGUACAGAUAUUGACGUCCCCACGCUCCUCGCCUCCGUGGGCGGAGACGCAUUCCCUGAACGCCGCGAUGAGUUGAUUGAUAUUCUCGACAUUGAUCUCGGCUGGCGCAUGCAUGCCGUCUCGGAUGGAGAGCGUCGUCGCGUCCAAUUGGCAAUGGGUCUAAUACGGCCGUGGCAGAUCCUACUUCUUGAUGAGAUCACGGUCGAUCUUGACUUGUUAUCUCGUAGUAACUUCCUAUCGUUUUUGAAACGCGAGACUGAAACGAGGGAAUGCACGAUUGUCUAUGCUACGCAUAUCCUGGAUAAUUUGGCGCAGUGGCCGACUCAUCUGGUGCAUAUGCAUUUGGGACAGGUUAAGCAAUGGGGUCCCAUAGAAAGUUUUAAUGAAGAAGUGCCCAAUCGAUCGACGGAGAAUAGUCUGUUGGGAGACUUGGUGCUCCAUUGGCUCAAGCAGGAUUUACAGGCUCGUGGGCCAAGGAAUCCCAAAUCUGGGCAGGGAAGGACGUAUUCGAGUGCUGAGGGGUUGGGUGGCUAUGGGUUGGAGAAGAGGCCUCCAAAGGAGUAAACCAAAAACUGAGGACUUGUGUUCAACACUGUUGUGAUGAUGACGAUGUUUCAACUACUUGCAUUGAAGGAGUACGGUGAUGGAACUUUUUGCAUAGAUCCGGCCAUGUUCAACCAGCUGGGAGGCUUCAACGCCAUGUUAUUGCUUUAGGAUGGAAUUGUGUUUUGCUUGGUGGCUACAUUUACAAGGUUAGGACUUUUGGGUUUGCGUGGAAUAGCAAAGCUUGAUAUUAUAUGUCAUUUCCAAUUCUUUUCAUAGUCUCGAAUGCAACAUGAUCUAUACAUGAGCGACUCUAUAUAUACGCACAGAAGAGUCCUCGCUUGCGACUGCAAGCAGUACGCCCUCUUCAUCUCCAUUAUUCUUGAAUGUUAACGAUCGUUUAGGCCGCCAGGUGAUUUGCGUGAUUGACUUGGACGGAGAAGAUGUUG